AUGGCCCGCCGGCUCAUGAAGGCCCUGGAGGACCUCUCCCUCCAGUACGAUGACACAGUGCGGAACUCGGAGAAGACGGUCAUCCAGUUCGUCUACGGGGACGACGGCCUCGAUCCGGCCAAGAUGGAAGACCAGAGUGCCCUCUUGGCCUUUGGCGCCGGAGAUCAUUCGCUGGGCGAGCACGGGGAGAAAGGGAAGGGGCCUCCCAGGCGGAAGAAAGCGCGCGCGGGCGCCGACCGGCCCGUGAACUUCCCUCGCCUCCUCCUCCAGACCCUGGCCACGCACAAAGCCCCCCAUGAGCGCCCGCUAUCUCCCCGACAGAUCCAAGCCUUUGCCCAGGCCGCCGUGGAGUCCCCGCCCUUCCAACGCCUGCUGCCGCAGGGCCACAAAUUCUUGGAGGAGAUCGAGGGCUUCGCGGCCGACUUGGCCGAGGCUUUGGAAUCCUUGCUGGUCUUUCUGGGCGCUCCCAAGGACGACAACCUAGAGGACGGUUACAGAGGUCUCUUGGACUUCGAUGUGGACGCAGUGCGGGCCAAAUUGACGGCCUUGACCGCGCUGGAGCGCCGGAACCGGGACGCGGUGGACACCGCUGAGGAGCGACGAGGGAUGGGGACCCCGGCAUUAGGCCAGGCUUGGCGGGAGACAGUGCAGGCGACGGUCUUCAAUCUCGCCCGUAUCACCGAGUCCCAGUUCCGGGUCAUUUUGGAGGAGGCGCUGGGUCGUUAUAACCGCGCGUGCGUCGAGCCUGGGGAGGCAGUGGGAGCCGUGGGGGCCCAAAGCAUCUCGGAGCCGGCCACGCAGAUGACGCUGAAAACCUUCCACUUCGCGGGCGUGGCUUCCAUGAACGUAACGCUGGGGGUACCGCGUCUGAAGGAGAUCAUCAAUGCUUCCAAGGAGAUCUCCACGCCCAUCAUCACCGCCGCCCUUGUGCAGGACAGGUCCGAGACGGCCGCCCGCGUGGCCAAGGCGGCGAUCGAGCGCACCACCAUCGGCCAGGUGGCCCGCCACAUCAAGGAGGUGUAUGCCCCCCACAUGGUCUACGUGGAGAUCCUGCUCGACCAGGAGGCUAUCACCAAGCUCCACCUCCGCGUGGACGCGGCCUCCGUGCGCAUGGCCAUUCUGCGGGGCCCGCACCGAGCGAGCGUGCUCAAGGCGCUGAAGGAGCGGGACGUCCUCUACGACCCCCGGCACCCGGACCGUCUGCGUGUCCUCCCGCCUGAGCUGAAAGAGGGCCGGGCCGGCAAUGCGGUCCCGUCCGAGCGGCGGAUCUACUUCGUUAUCCAGGCCUUGAAGGUCGCUCUCCCGGCGGUGAUGGUGCGAGGCAUCAGCACGGUGAACCGCGCGAUCGUGAACAAGGUGGAGGGGGAGGAGGACCGGUACAACCUGUUGAUCGAGGGCUACGGCCUGGCGGACGUGAUGGGCACUCCCGGCGUCGACGGAAGACAGGCCAAGUCCAACCACAUCAUCGAGGUGGAGCGCGUGCUUGGGAUCGAGGCGGCCCGCGCGGUGGUCGGGACGGAGAUCGAGAACAUCAUGCAGGCCUACGGCAUUCGGAUUGAUACCCGGCACCGCAUGCUCCUAUCGGACGUGAUGACCUUCAAAGGGGAAGUGCUGGGCAUCACCCGCUUCGGCGUGGCCAAGAUGCGAGAGUCCGUGCUGAUGCUGGCCUCCUUCGAGAAGACAACAGACCAUCUCUUCGACGCGGCUGUCCAUGGUCGUACCGACGCCAUCGUCGGAGUCUCCGAGUGCAUCAUUAUGGGGAUCCCCAUUCCCCUGGGCACGGGCCUUUUCAAGCUCUUGCAUGACGUGCCCAAGCCGGGAAUCGCCACGCGGAAGGGUUUACUGGACGAGCGGGUGGAGUGA